AGAAACAUAGGUAACUGUGUGUGUGUGAGAGAGAAAAGAGAGAAAAUUUGCUGUCUGACUUGGGGGUCUCUUUGCUUACUUCUUUGCCAUUAUUCUUGACCCACCUUCCUACUCUCCAAAAAUCCAACACCCCAUUAAACCAAAAAAACAUUUUUUUUUUUUAAUAACUUGUAUUACCCUUCUUUUUCACCCUAAUCAAGUGUAUUUUGUUCCUGUUAAAAAAGGGGUCAAAGAUAAAGAACACUAGAAUCUGUUGUGUCUUUGUUCAGAUCCAAGUUAUAAUCUUUUUUCUCCCCUUGUGUCUUACUUGCUGAAUUUGAGGAUAUCGCCAAGCAGCUUUGAUGAUAUCAAGGCUCUGUUGCAGAAGUUUCUCAAGGCAUUUAUAAAAUUUUGAUUUAAAUCUUGAUGGGAACCUCGAGAUUGCAGUAGGUUGAAGCAUUAUACAAUAAUGGGUGGCCUUUGCUCUAGAAGAGCCACCAGUGAGAAUACAACAGGUCGUUCCAUACCACAUGUCAACGGUCACUUCAACUAUGGUGCUGGAACAGUUUAUCAGUCGCAUAGAUUGCCCACACAGGCAAGUAAUGAUUCUGUGCAAUCUCCACCUGGGGAAAACACAGAAAAGCAACCAAGUGAACCAGCAUUCUCUUUUCCGGAGUUGAAUGCAGCUUCUCAUGGGGUUGAUAUGGAUGAUAUCAACAAUGAUGGAAUUCCUCGAUUGUCUAGGGCUUUAUCAAAUAAAACCAGAUCAACAAGGUCAAAGCAAGUCGCCAUGGCAAAGGUUUCAGAAGUGAGUACACUUUUGGGCAGAGCUGGUACAGUGGGGCUUGGCAAGGCGGUAGAUGUGUUGGACACUCUAGGUAGCAGCAUGACAAAUUUAAACCUAAGUGGUGGCUUUGCAUCCAGCAUGGCAACCAAGGGAAAUAAAAUUUCAAUUUUGGCAUUUGAAGUUGCAAAUACAGUUGUCAAGGGUGCCAAUCUUAUGUAUUCCCUUUCAAAAGAGAACAUUAAGCAUUUGAAAGAGGUGGUUCUCCCUUCUGAAGGUGUGCAGCUGUUGAUAUCAAAAGAUAUGGAUGAGCUCUUCAGAAUUGCUGCAGCAGAUAAAAGGGAUGAACUGAAAAUAUUCUCUUGUGAAGUGGUUCGCUUUGGAAAUAGUUGCAAAGAUCCUCAAUGGCACAACUUAGACCGUUACUUUGAGAAGUUGGAAUCAGAAUUGACACCUCAUAAACAAUUAAAAGAAGAAGCCGAGACUGUGAUGCUGCACUUAAUGACCUUGGUACAGUAUACAGCUGAACUUUACCAUGAAUUGCAUGCAUUGGACAGAAUUGAACAAGAUUGUCGACGUAAAGCCCAAGAAGAGGAUACUUCAAAUGCUACUCAGAGAGGAGAUAGUCUUGCAAUUUUGAGAGCAGAGUUGAAAAGUCAAAAGAAACAUGUUAAAAGUCUGCAAAAGAAGUCUCUCUGGUCCAGGAUAUUGGAAGAGGUGAUGGAAAAGCUUGUGGACAUUGUUCACUUCCUCCAUUUGGAGAUCCAUGCUGCAUUUGGCAGCACAGAUGGAGACCGACCAAUAAAAAACAACCAUCAGAGAUUAGGAUCGGCUGGUCUUGCAUUACAUUAUGCGAAUAUCAUUACUCAGAUUGAUACGCUUGUCACUCGAUCAGGUUCGGUGCCCCCAAAUACCAGAGAUGCUUUAUACCAAGGGUUGCCACCAAGCAUUAAGUCAGCUUUACGAUUCAAAUUACAAUCCUUCCAGCUCAAGGAAGAGUUAUCUGUGCAACAAAUCAAGGCUGAAAUGGAGAAAACACUGCAGUGGCUUGUUCCCAUGGCAACCAAUACAACCAAGGCCCACCAUGGCUUUGGAUGGGUUGGAGAAUGGGCAAAUACAGGGAAACCUGCUGGCCAGACUGAUCUACUUCGAAUUGAGACACUCUAUCAUGCCGAUAAGGAGAAAACCGAAGCUUAUAUUCUCGACCUAGUGGUGUGGCUUCAUUAUCUUGUCACUCAGUCAAGAAGUUCUACAAAUGGUGGAAUCAGAUCUCCUGUGAAAUCUCCAUCCUAUUAUGCUAAUCAAAAGAUGAAUCAGUUAACACACAAACCAAGUUCUCCAUCUCCCGCAUUAACAGUUGAAGACCAAGAAAUGCUUCGGGAUGUAAGCAAGAGAAAACUGACUCCUGGAAUUAGCAAAUCUCAAGAGUUUGAUACUGCGAGAACAAGGUUGAGCAAGUUCCACAGGCUGAGCAAGAGUAGUAACCAUUCCCCUAUACGUGAAACCAGGAAGGAUCCCUUUCCCGUCAGGAGACCGUCUUCUGUUCCGGUGAUCGACUUUGACAUUGAUCGGCUCAAAGCUUUGGAUGUCAUCGAUAGAGUGGAUAUGAUUCGAGGUGCAUAAUGGUAAAAUGAUAUAUCUGGGUUGGCAGGUGUCAUUUUUCUGCUGCAUCUGGUAAAUGCAAUGGCUGCCUUUCUGCAUGAGCCGAUCAUCUUCAUCUGCUGCUGUUGUAGUUUGUGUUGGGGAAUCAGAUAUCAGAAAAAGCGUUGAAAAACUGCUAUCUGUUCUGCUGCAAUUUUUCGGGUACAUUUGGGAUACUAUAUAUGAUGAGAGAGUGAUUUUUCGUCUCUUUUCUUUUUCGCUUCCUAGAAAGAAAAGCUGGUAUCUAUGCCUGGUUGAGUUGUCUGGUAUCUUGAAACCUGUUUGCAAGAGCUGGUGGAUAGGUUUGAUAGAGGAGCUUUUUAGGGGAGUGAAUUAAUGUGAUUCCAACAAUUCCAUCAUCAUAUGUACAUACUGUUCUAUUGUAUUUAACCUUAAUAAUCAAAAGCUUGUUUUGUUCCUUAUCA